AUGCAUGCCCUCAAAUUACUCGAAAGAUUCAAUGUGUAUGAGGCUAAACCUGCUCCAACACCUGUUGAACCUGGCAUGGAUUUCACUCAAGAUAACCAAAAGGCUGAAGACGAAGAGCAGUUGAAUAAAAUUCCCUAUCAAGAGGCGAUUCUUUCAGUAUGUACCAAACAAGUUCUAGAUGAACUCAGAGGAAGUUGGAGGCCCAGAUAG